AUGCCCCGAAUAAACGGGAAAAUUGUUCGACAAGCGAAGGGAAUAUCAGCUUUAUUGCCACCGCUUCUACCUGCCAAUCGUGAUAUAAAUCGGGCACUUCUAGAGCUCAAGUGGAUCAAGGAGGAGUUACCUAAAUGCCAAUGGGUCUCUGGUGUUAACAGGCGUUUGAAGUUAGAGCCACUUCAAUACAUACUAGGAAGUCAGCCGUUUGGAGACCUCAACAUAAUAUGUAGAAAAGGGGUCUUGAUUCCCAGAUGGGAAACCGAGGAAUGGUGUACCAAGUUGGGUAACCUUCUACAGAAAGAGAAGUUUGGUGGGCAUGGUAUAGUCGAUGCAUGCACAGGGUCCGGGUGUAUUCCACUUCUUUUAACUCACAAACUUGCGUCUGUUAACUUACAUGCUAAUGUUUGUGGAUUCGAUGUGUCGAGAGAGGCGAUUACCUUGGCCCAGGAGAAUUUGAUAUCCAAUGAACGAUCCUAUUUGGAAGGUUCACGUAAGGUGCUGUUUCAAGUAGGGGAUAUUGCAGAUCCAAAUGUAAUUUUCAAACUACCUGUGUCUAAAAUUGAUUUGAUAACGGCAAAUCCCCCAUAUAUACCUUUAGAUGACUUUAAAAAGUCGGUCUUGCACAGUGGUGUUGAAAAAUCAGUUAGGCGGUAUGAGCCUCAACUAGCUUUGAUAGGGGAUAUAACACCUUAUGAACAAUUGUUAGACAAUCUAGUUAUACCCUCAGGGGCGCGAGGGUUUGUAUUUGAAGUCGGAUACUACAAACAAGUUGAAAUCGUGCGUAACUUGUUGGAUAGCAAUUGGGCAGUGGGUUACAUGCGCGAUUCUACAAAUAGAGUAAGGUGUGUUGUAGGAUGGAAGUUACAUACAGAUUUCAAAAUAUUAGAACGUCUAUGCAAUGCCGUAUUAAAAUAA